GCUUGCGUUCUGACGGAACAUUGUACUUGACCAGUCGCCACUGCACACCGGAGCCGUCAUUAUGCAUGAUCGAUCACAGGCCAUAGUUGACGGACAGCUGAAAAACAUUCAUUACAAGAACGACAUACAUUACACGCUGCAAAUGUGCGAAUGGCUGUUCAAACUAAUCGGGAUGUGGCCUCUGAUCAACAGUCGCGCAAGUAAACUGCAACAGCUCCUCUCGAUCGUUCUCAUAAGCUCGAGCUUCUCUAGCAUGCUCUUCAUCAUCAUACCAUCCUUCCAUCACAUCUUCUUCGUGGAGAAAAAUACGGCCACGAAACUGAAAAUGCUCGGUCCAGUUGCUUUCUGUUUCUCGUCGGCGAUCAAGUAUUGCUACCUUGGCACGAAGGGACGCUUCUUCGAACGAUGUUUCCAACACGUCAGGAAGGACUGGAAGAAGGUGCACGAUCCAAAUUACCGGACGGUCAUGCUGAAAUACGCGGCGAUCAGCAGGAAGCUAAUCACGGCAUGCGCGGCUUUCUUAUUCAGCGGUGGCCUGUCGUAUCACACGGUAAUGCAAUUUGUGUCGAAAAGGGACAGAGAGGAGAAUAGCACGUACAGGCCACUGGUUUAUCCCGGCUACGAUUCAUUCAUGGACACUCAGCCCAGCCCUACGUACGAAAUCGUGUUUUCUCUUCACUGUUUCGCGGAUAUAAUCAUGUACAGCGCCGCGACGGCCGCAUACAGUUUGGCGGCGAUCUUUGUCACCCACAUUUGUGGACAGAUUCAAAUACAGAUUGCAAAGAUACACAAUUUAGUGAAGGACAAAGAGAGGAAGAAUGGCGAACGCGAUCCUCUAUCACUUAUCGUAUACGAACACGUGCAAAUUCUAAGAUUUUCGCAAAAUGUGGAAGACGCUUUGCGAGAGGUCUGCUUCGUGCAAAUCGUCGAGUCAACGAUGAACAUGUGUUUGCUCGAGUAUUACUGCAUAAUGGCAUGGAGAAACAAUGACAUACUCGCGACAGUGACUUGCGCCACUUUGUUGGUCUCUUUCACAUUUAAUGUAUUUAUAUUCUGCUACGUGGGCGAACUCCUCUCUGAACAGUGUAGACAAGUCGGUGAAAAUUCCUACAAUAUCAAAUGGUAUAACUUGCCAGCUACGGACGCUUACGAUCUUAUUCUACUGAUCUCCAUAUCUCAGUAUCCACCAAAGCUUACAGCUGGAAAAAUAAUCGAAUUAUCUCUUGAUACUUUUAGCUGUGUAGCAAAAUCGUCACUAGUUUACCUGAAUUUAAUUCAAACGUUUACAGAAUGAUAUCUCGAUUGCCAACCGAAGUCUACGUAGUUUAAUCAAUUUUCUUGAUUACAUCUGAAGUCCAUUCUUGAAUUAUUUUGAUAUUGGAUUUUAUAAUACACAGAAGACAAAAAUUACGUGUUAAAUAAUUCAAAGU